AUGCUGUUCGCACAGAAGGGGGGAUUGGCGGCCACCAAGAGCACGGACGAAAACAAGCGCGUGAGCAGCCGCCUCGGCAAACUGUGGCGUUCUCUCAGCACUACCGACAAGGAGCCGUACCAGCGCAAGGCGGCCGAAGCUGCCGCUCUCCACCGAAAAAAGUACCCGGACGACGUGUACUAUGCGCGUGAGGCCCGCCGGCGCAAGCAGGAGGAGCACAGGGCCAAGGAUGUGACUGGCAAGUUCGAGAAGGACAGUUCCGGGGACCAGGAGCAGCAGCCAAAUACUUCCCCGGCCGCGGCCCAGGGUCGAGUCACCAUGGUGUUCCAGCAGCAAUAUCAUCCACCGUCGACGCAAAGGAACAAAUGCCGUGCAACCAACCAGCGCGUGAGCAGCAAGCAGUGGCUUUCUCUCAGCGCCACCAACAAGGAGCCGUAUCAGCGCAAGGCGGCCGAAGCUGCCGCCGUCCACCAAAGGAAGUACCCAGACUACAUGUACAAUUCGAGCGAGACCCGCCGGCACAAGGAGCCGGAGCGCAGGGCCAAGGUUGCCAGGGAGCUCGAGAACGAUAAUUCCAGGGACCAGGAGCAGCAGCCGAACACAUCCCAAGCUGCCGCCGUCCACCGAAGGAAGUACCCAGAGUACGUGUACAAUUCGAGUGACACCCGCCGGCGCAAUUUGCAGGAGCACAGGAGUAAGGAGGUUGCCAGCAAGCUCGAGAACGGCAGUUACGGGGUCCAGGAGCAGCAGCCGAGCCCUUCCGAAGAUGCCACCACCCACCGAAGGAAGUACCCAGAUUACGUGUAUAAUUCAAGUGAGACCCGCCGACGCAAGGAGCUGGAGCUCAUAGCCAAGGAGGUUGCCAGCGAGCUCGAGAACGAUAGUGCCAGGGACCAGGAGCAGCAGCCGAGCACUUACGAAUCUUCCGCCAUCCACCGAAGGAAGUACCCAGACUACGUGUACAAUUCGAGUGAGACCCGCCGGCGCAAGGAGCAGGAGCGCAGGGCCAAGUUUGCCAGCAAGCUCGAGAACGAUAAUUCCAGGGACCAGGAGCAGCAGCCAAACACUUUCGAAGCUGCCGCCGUCCACCGAAGGAGCUACCCAGACUACGUGUACAAUUCGAGUGAGACCCGCCGGCGCAAGUUGCAGGUGCACAGGGCCAAGGAGGUUGUCAGCAAGCUCGAGAACGACGAUGCCGGGGACCAGCAGCAGCAGCCGCGCACUUCCGAAGAUUCCGCCGUACACCGAAGGAGGUACCCAGACUACGUGUACAAUUCGAGUGAGACCCGCCAGCGCAAGUUGCAGGAGUACAGGGCCAAGGAGGUCGCCAGCAAGCUUGAGAGCGACGGUUCCGGGGACCAGGAGCAGCAGCCGAGCACUUCCGAUGAUUCCGCCGUACACCGAAGGAAGUACCCAGACUACAUGUACAAUUCGAGUGAGACCCGCCGGCGCAAGUUCCAGGAGUACAGGGCCAAGGAGGUUGCCAGCAAGCUUGAGAACGACGGUUCCGGGGAACAGGAGCAGCUACCGAGCACUUCCGAAGAUUCCGCCGUACACCGAAUGAAGUACACAGACUACGUGUACAAUUCGAGUGAGACCCGCUGCCGCAAGUUGCAGGAGUACAGGGCCAAGGAGGUUGCCAGUAAUCUUGAGAACGAUGGUUCCGGGGACCAGGAGCAGCAGUCGAGCACUUCCGAUGAUUCCGCCGUACACCGAAGGAAGUACCCAGACUACAUGUACAAUUCGAGUGAGACCCGCCGGCGCAAGUUCCAGGAGUACAGGGCCAAGGAGGUUGCCAGCAAGCUCGAGAACGAUAGUUCCAGGGACCAGGAGCAGCAGCCGAGCACUUACGAAUCUUCCGCCGUACACCGAAAGAAGUACCCAGACUACGUGUACAAUUCGAGUGAAACCCGCCGGCGCCAGGAGCAGGAGCGCAAGACCAAGGAGGUAGCCAGUAAGCUCGAGAACGACGGUUCCGGGGACCAGGAGCAGCAGCCGAGCACUUCCGAAGCUGCCGCCGUGCACCGAAGGAAGUACCCAGACCAGGUGUACAAUUCGAGGGAGACUCGCCGAUGCAAGGAGCAGAAGCGCAGGGCCAAGGAGGUUGCCAGCGAGCUUGAGAAUGACAGGUUGAGGGACCAGGAGCAGCAGCCUAGCACUUCCGAAGCUGCCGCCGUGCACCGAAGGAAGUACCCAGACUACGUGUACAAUUCAAGUGAGACCCGCCGGCGCAAGUUGCAGGUGCACAGGGCCAAGGAGGUUGCCAGCAAGCUCGAGAACGAUAGUUCCAGGGACCAGGAGCAGCAGCUGAGCACUUACGAAGCUUCCGCCGUACACCGAAAGAAGUACCCAGACUACGUGUACAAUUCGAGUGAAACCCGCCGGCGCCAGGAGCAGGAGCGCAAGACCAAAGAGGUAGCCAGUAAGCUCGAGAACGACGGUUCCGGGGACCAGGAGCAGCAGCCGAGCACUUCCGAAGCUGCCGCCGUGCACCGAAGAAAGUACCCAGACUACGUGUACAAUUCGAGUGAGACCCGCCGGCGCAAGUUGCAGGUGCACAGGGCCAAGGACGAUGCCGGGGACCAGCAGCAGCAGCCGCGCACUUCCGAAGAUGCCGCCGUCCACCGAAGGAAGUACUCAGACUACGUGUACAAUUCGAGUGAGACCCGCCGACGCAAGGAGCAGGAGCGCCGGGCCAAGGAGGUUGCCAGCAAGCUCGAGAACGAUAGUUCCAGGGACCAGGAGCAGCAGCCGAGCACUUCCGAAGAUUCCGCCGUACACCGAAAGAAGUACCCAGACUACGUGUACAAUUCGAGUGAAACCCGCCGGCGCCAGGAGCAAGAGCACAAGACCAAGGAGGUAGCCAGUAAGCUCGAGAACGACGGUUCCGGGGACCAGGAGCAGCAGCCGAGCACUUCCGAAGCUGCCGCCGUGCAUCGAAGAAACUACCCAGACUACGUGUACAGUUCGAGUGAGACCCGCCGACGCAAGGAGCAGGAGCCCCGGGCCAAGGAGGUUGCCAGCAAGCUCGAGAACGAUAGUUCCAGGGACCACGAGCAGAAGCCGAGCACUUCCGAAGCUGCCGCCGUCAACCGAAGGAAGUUCCCAGAUUACGUCUACAAUUCGAGUGAGAUCCGCCGGCGCUGGAGCAGGAGCGAAGGGCCAAGGAGGUUUCCAGCAAACUCGAGAACGACAGUUCCGGGGAUCAGGAGCCGCAACCGAGAUCUUUCACUGCCGCGGCCCAGGGUCGAGGCACUCAUGUGUUCUAGCUGUAUUAGAGUCCAUCGCCAUCACCUUAUCCGCAAAGGAACGAACGUCGUGCAACAAACAGCGCGUCAGCAGUCGACCGGGCAAGCUAUGGCGGUCUUUCAGCGGUACCGACAAGCAGCCCUACCAGUGUAA